CUCCCUCUCGCCUCGGGAGGCUUCUGCAACGAAGGGGGAGGAGAAGAGGAAGAAGGGGGGGAGAGGAGGGGAGCGAGGGGGAUUCGCCAUGGACAUCAUCACGCAGCUGCAGGAGCAGCUCAGCGAGAUCGCCAUGGUAGCCGUCAACACCUUCGGCACGCUGCAGCGGGACGCGCCGCCCGACCGCCUCUCCAGCAGCUACCCGGACCCGCUCAACCCCAACCCUAAGCCCGAGGAGGACGCCAAGCCCCAGGUCCCGGCCCAGCCCGGCGCCGCGCCGGCGCCGGCGCAGGCGCAGCCUCCCGCGCCGCCGCAGCCGCCCGCGCUCGACCUCGCCGAGCACCCCAAGGCCAUGAGCCACGCCCUCGUACUCGCCGCCAAAAAGUUUGACGCACUUGUUGCGGCUUUGCCACUGUCAUCAGAAGAGGAUCAGCUGAGAAGAAUCCAAGAGCUGCAGGCAGAGAAUGAAGUUGUGGGAUUGGAGCUUCAGAAACAACUUGAGGCUGCAGAACUGGAGUUGAAGCAGGUUGAGGUCUUGUUUAAUGAAGCGACAGACAAUUGUAUAAAUUUGAAGAAGCCAGAUUAGUAUGCAUGUUUUCUGAAAGCUAAUUAUUCCCAUGAAUGGAUAGCGAUGAAGGUGGAGACAUGAAUGCCAGAAUAACCUUUAUCACGUCUUCUUAAAUUCUCAACUGAUUAGAUCUGUAAACAUGAAAGCCAAAUGUAUCUCGUCAACUUUUGUGUGCUGAUAUUCCGAAAGCACCUGGUGGAUCAAGAAUUAACGUAUCGGAUGCUUGUAUUCUUGUUGGAUUUGUCUGGCCUUUUAUGAGUGUAUUGUGCUGGUA